AUGAAUAUUUCCCUCGAAGAGGAUCCUAUCUUCAACACCUCCACAAGUCCUCUGAUCCGCACUGUCAACAUGAGCGUGAUAGCCUCAAUAGUUUGGUACAUCGAACCAUAUGCAGAAAUGCACCCCGUGGCCAUACUAGAUCCUCAGCCAUUUGGUGGAGAUUAUUUUGGUGACAACUACAGAGAAGAAGAUUUUCCCUUCAUAAAUGAUGAAGAACCGGUUCAUGUUGAUGUUCACCAUCAUGCAAGUGUGGCGGAGGAAGAUGAGAACGUCCUGGAGAGUGACAAUGAGGAUAUUUCAGAUUCUCCUCUGGUCACUAUUGAAUAUUUUGGAGGUGAAGCUGGGGCUCCGUUGGACGAUAUACCUCAACUGAAGAGAUCUGAGUACACAAAUUACUCAGCUGCUGUGGAGGGAAGCACAGAAAAUCCCUGGGCUCCAUUUAAUUCUCAGAUGGACUGGGAAGUUGCACACUGGGCAAAAGUAUGA